AUGGCUGAUUCACCACCGAGUUCUGAGUCACCGCCCGAGUCCAUGCAAAAAAAGUGUAAGAAGAGAGGGAGAGCGAGUGGGAGUAAACAUCCGGUUUAUCGGGGUGUGAGAAAGCGGAGCUGGGGAAAAUGGGUGUCUGAAAUUCGACAGCCGCGUAAAAAAUCGCGUAUAUGGCUCGGUACUUACCCGACGGCUGAAAUGGCUGCUAGAGCUCAUGAUGUGGCAGCGCUAAGUAUAAAGGGUAACUCGGCGAUUCUUAAUUUCCCUCAACUUAGUGAAUCGUUGCCUCGUCCAGCUUCGCUUUCACCGACGGACAUCCAAGCGGCGGCUGCUAAGGCGGCGGCAAUGGAGGAGCUCAGCUCAUUGUCGUCUUCUCCUUCUUCGUCUUCUGAGAGUGUGUCAUCGCCUCCUACUAGUACAGCAGAUGAUGAGCUGGAUGAGAUAAUUGAGUUGCCGAGUCUGGAGGGAACUUAUGAAUCGUCCGAGACGAGAAAUGAACUGGCGGUGGUUGACUCGGCGGCUGAGGGGUUGUUGUGUCCGCCAUGGUGGGCGUCGGACAAAGAGAUUUACGAGUAUAUAUUUGACCAAGUGGCCGUUGGAGGCAGUCUUCCAUGCAAUUUUUAG